AUGCAGGCUGCUCCUGACCAUGCGUUCCCGAGUUUUCAGUUCAUUGUGGUCAGCGCCGCGGUGGUCGAGGCUCCCGCCAACCGUCACAAGAAGGCUGCAGAACAGCAGAGCAUCAGAAAAGGUACAGCGGGGCAUCCUGAGAAGCUGCUGCAGUGGCGGGCAAAGUUUUCCCUCCCUGUGCUGCCAAGCCAGAGUCCAGGCAGAAGGCAGCAAGACCUGGGGGAGAAGACUUCUGCCAGGAGAUCUGGCAGCUCUCUGCAGAGUAGGAGAAAUCAAAAAUCCAGUGGGAAGAGUAGCUGCAGCAAGCGAAGGCGGAAUUGGCAGUGUGGGAAGCCUGGUCUGCAGGGGAGGACCAAAAGCCACUCCAGGCCCUCGGCACUGGAGGCACUUCGAUUCCCCACCCUCCAGCCCAGCCCAGGAGAAAGGAGGCCAGGCAGGGGUGGAGGAAGGCUGGAAACCCUCUCCCAGCAGAGGAGACGGCAGCAGCAGCCCAGAUGGACAGACUCCAGCCUGACCCCCUUUCCCCAUGAGCCGCCCAGGUCCUCAGAAGGCUGGAGCCACAGCAAGCACAGAGGACCAUAUACAAGCACGUCACUGAGAACAAGAGGUGGCGUCAACAGCAGCAGAGGCAGCUUCCCUGGCCCUGGUCCUCACUGCAGAACUGAACCACCCAGGUACCUGCUGGAAGGACAAUCCAGCAGGGCUCAAGCAAUCGAGGAGAUUUCUACAGUGCAUUUCCUGGCACAGGUGAUGGAGGAAUCAAGGAGAGGUGCUCUGCUGGAGACCUUGUACUGGUGAAGGAGGAAGAACUGGGUGAGGAUUUGAAAGUCAGUGACCCUGAGACGGUGGAGUUGAGGAUGUGGAAGGGAGGGAGCAGGGCAAAGAGCAGGACCACAGCCCUCGCUUUCAGGACAGCAGACUGCAGCUUUUCAGAGAUUUGUUUGGAAGAAUCCUGCAGGAUGCGGCCUUGGAGAGAAGAGGGGUCCUGGAGAGCUACUUGACAUUCACGGACCACCUGCGUGGUGGAGCAAUGGAGCUGGUGAGGGGUCUGGAGCACAAGUCUUGUGAGGAGCGG